AUGUUCUCCACCUUUUCCGCCCUCAACUCCACUGAUCGUCCGGAACAACCCGCUCCACCCCGUCCCAAGCGCAAUCAGGUUGCGCGAGCCUGCGACUGGUGUCGCCUCAAUCGCAUAAAGUGUGACGACAGGCUGCCAUGCCAGAAUUGCCGGAGUCGUGGCGGCCACUGCAGUAAUACCAAGCAAUUUGAAACCCAUUCACUGAAAGCCGCGAAUCGGGAAAUACAUCGAUUGCGAGAUCGGCUCAAAGAUUUCCAGGAGCAACUGGACAAGGUGACCGAGGAAUCGAAAAGACAGCUUGAAGCCGCCAAGCAUCAGUCACAACAACCAGGCUCAGAUACCCCCAAUUCCAUCUCUGGUAUUGCACCAUCCGCCGAGCUUCCAGAUUUACAUCGCACAACAUGGGAUGGCUUUCAAAAUCCAGAGUCGCGAACGGGGCAGGUGAUCCACUUUGGCCCUUUCUCCUCACCGUACAUGGUGAUGCGCCUCAACGGUUACAUGUCCGAAUCUUCCAACCAACGACCUCUCAAUUCUCCUAUCCCGGUCCGCAUCUCACAGGCACACCAAUUCUGGCCCACGUCUUCGCUAGAGCAGUCUUCAGAUGAAGCGAUACAGCCCAGCCUUCGUCUAAGUCUGGCCGAGGCGGAGGACCUAUCACGGGAGCAGGAAGAGAACUUCCUGGUUCUUAUGUGGCAGGCCUAUCAUUGCAUAUAUCCUAUCAUCGCAGAGGAAGAUUUCCGAGAGUAUUACAAUUCUCUUUGGGCUGGAACCAACGGCCAAGGCCCCCGCCAGCCCUCCGCUCUUGUGGACAGCCUGUUGGCAGUCUGCAUGCAGUAUGGCAGCACUUUUUUGGGCGAUGAGGAGAAUAUGGCAAAUGACGAAAAAGAACCGCAGGCUGUUCACUUUCAUGCAGCCGCACAUACUUUCUACCGUCGGAGUCAACGCAUGCUGAUGGACACGUUAGAGCACCCUUCAAUCCCGACUCUGCAGAGCCAUAUCUACUGCAUAAUAUAUCAAUACAACGUUGCAAACCUAGAUACCGCUCUUGCACUUCUUGGGCUGGGCAUCAGAAUUGCUCAUAUGCUGCGGUUACACCUCCGACCUCUGGGCUCUCCGCCACGGGCAAGCCAAGAACUGCAUUCUCGGAUUUGGUGGACCUUGUACCAGUUGGACAGCCAGAUCUCGAUGUCACUUGGCCGCCCGCCGCUAAUCAACCCGGAGGAUGUCGGAUGUGCGAUUCCCACAGACAUGCGUAACGCGGUUCAGCUGUCACCACCCUCUGUGUUGGUAUCACCUCCCGAAGAGGAACUAACUUGGCUCAGCUUCCACGUACAGUAUAUCCGCCUGACGGCCGCGGCGCGUGGAGUCCAAGAGGUGUUCCGUAUGCGCUGCGCCGAGGUAUUACAGGUGAAAGAUUUACAAGACAUUCAAGAGGAUCCGCCCACUCUCGAAUUGCUAGCAAGAUUUAUGAGCAGCGAAGUUCGCCCCAUGUACGACUGGGUGCAGGCCGUGCCACAGUCUCUCAAAAACCAACGUAAGGGUUCAGGCGAGGCCUUGUCGACAGACCGCACACCACUCAGUCUAAACCCUGCUAGCCCGCUAUGGCUACAGCGUCAACGACUACUGUUGGAAAUCACAUACCAUCAUCUUCAAAUCGCCACUCUCCGCCCUUUUAUCCGUUUUCCUCCGCGAGGCCCGUCCCUCACGCCACUGACCGAUGGUCUCGGCAUUUCUGCUCUCAACCAUGCCGUCGUGUUGACUAAUAUACUAAAACAAGUCUUGUCAGAAACGGAUAUACUGUCCGGUUGGACCCCAGCUUUCCAAUAUCAGUGGGAUGCCACCAUCUGCAUCAUAUCAUUUGUGCUUGCGAACCCGGUGUGCCCUCCUACCCCGGCUGCACGCAACGUCUUGCCAGCAGCUUUCCAAAAUCUAAAUACUCUCGGCAAGCCCUUCGCCCCUAGCACCAAUUCUAUUCAGCUUGCAUGGGAGCAGUUCCGUUCCAGUUCAGCCCUGCGUGGGUGGUCCCAGUUGACACCUCCAAACCAAAGCGUCUCGGACACAACGGGGCUGCUAGGAUCUGUGCCGUCUUCUACUGGCAUGGAUACAACUAGCAUGCAAAUCACUGGGACUGGAGUUAUGGCUUCUAGCUCACUGCCUACCGAUCCAUUUUCCGGGUCGCUAACCUCGGUAAAACUGCCGUCCAAUGCUAUUACGGGGAAUGAAUUCCUCGAUUCGGCCGCUAUAACUCCCCCAAUGCAUCUCAUGGACACAUCGUUCAAUCUACCUAUUGAUAUGUUCAUGGAGACUGGUACCCCGUGGAUGCCGAGUAGCGCGAUAUCAUUGGAUUCUUGGAAUGCCUCUGGAUCUCAAUGA